AAUUAUUUCAGAAGGUAAGCAAACAUGAUAGACCCAGCUGCUGCUGCUUCAGUUACACCUACUGCUAACAGAGUGGAGAAGAAAUUAGGAGAAAGAGAGGGCUACUCAUUUUGGAUCGGAACAUUCUUUAUUGUGAGCAAUAUGGCGGGCAGUGGAGUACUUGUUUUGCCUAGGGCUUUAGCAGAUACCGGUUGGGGUGGAAUAGUGUUUAUAAUAUUGUGUUGCUCAGCUUCAUUAUAUGCUGGAUUAUGUAUAGCUCGUUGCUGGAACAUUCUUGAAGAAAGAUAUGUAGAAUUCAGAAAUGUUAGACACAGGAAGCCAUAUCCAGCCAUUGCUGAAAAAGCAUAUGGAGUACACAUGAGGAACAUCUUGUCUGUUGUCUUGCAGAUCAACUUUUUAGGUAUUUCAAUAGUGUACCUGUUACUUCCAGCAGAAAUGAUAGCCAAAUUGAUUCCAUCAUCAUGGGGAAUACCUUUCUGUUAUUGGAUUCUUAUUUUAGCAGCCGUAAUAUGUCCCAUGAUGUGGUUUGGGACACCAAAAGAUUUCUGGAUAGCUGCUGUUUUGGCCCUUGUCACUAUCAUCGGAUCUAUCAUUAUGCUGCUUGUAGCUAUUGCAAAACAUGCCUCAUCGAUUAGUUUGAAAGUAACCCACAAAAAUCCUACUUUUCUAUCUUUUUUCUUGUCUAUGGGAUCAAUAUUCUUCUCAUUUGGUGGGGCAUCUAGUUUUCCGACUUUUCAAAAUGAUAUGAAGAACAAAGAUGCAUUUCCGAGGGCUGUCAUAACAGGCUUUGCUAUCGUUUUCUUGAUGUACCUUCCGGUAGCAGUAUUUGGCUAUCAUGUGUAUGGGGAUACUGUACAUAUGGAUAUUACAGAUUCUACACCACCCUCUGUAUACAGAACCAUAGUAUUAUUUUUCAUGUCCUUUCGUUCUCUCUUUGUUUUCUUAAUGGUAAUCAACGCUACAAGUCAAGAAUUUGAAGACAUCUUAAAUGUUCCCGACAAAUUUGGUUGGCAAAGAGUUCUGGUUAGAGUCACAAUACUCCUUUUUGUCUUAUUCGUAGCCCUGUCUAUUCCCCGCUUUGGCAAAAUACUUAACUUAGUGGGUGCGUCAACUAUCACAUUAUGCUGCACAGUGUUUCCUUGCCUAUUUUAUUACAAAUUGUGCUCAGAUGUUCUUCCUACUUGGCCCGACAGGUAACA